GCUCAGAUGACGGCCGUGAAGUUCGAGAUGAAAUCAAGAAGGGGGCGGCAAUAAGGCAAAUGUUGGAAAUAGGCUGUGUGCGGUCUUUCUUCAAUGAUUAAAUUUUGAUGAAGGCGAGGAGCUCAGAUGACAACCGUGAAGUUCGACGUCAAAUCAAGAAGGGGGAGGCAAUAGGGAAAAUGUUGGAAACAGGCUGUACGGUCUUUCUUCAAUGAUUAAAUUUUUUCGAAGUGCCAUGUUUUCUGAACAGGAGAGGUUAAGGACCAGAGAAAGAAGGCAACGUGUAUGAGGGGGGCAUUGUAGAAAAGAAAAUAAAAAAUGUGGAGGCGACGGGGACAUGUUUGCAAACGGCCAGCGGCUUUUCACCACUGCCGAUUCUGAUAAGAGGGACAAGGUAGCGUAUGUAAGGGGGGCAUUUUAGAAACAAAAUGUGGAGGCGGCGGGGACAUGUUUGCAAACAGCCAGAAGCUUCUGACUGCCAUCGCUGAAUAAGAGCAGUUGAAGGAGGAUUUUCGAGGGUGCAUUUCAGAAGAGAAAGAUGUGGAGGCGGCGUGGACAUGUUUGCAAGAGGCCAUUUUCCAACGAAUGAACCCGUCGCUGGCCUUCAGCCUCCUGGGCACCGUUGUCCCUUCAGCGAACUGCAGUGCAGAGUCUAACUUGGAAGCCUCGAGCGCCAUUUUGUGGAGUGGCAGGUACGCGGUUGUGUGAUCAUGGCGGGAAAGAAGUUGCAACUGGAAUGACAGAGUCGUGCUCGAGGUGGGGGUAUAUUGGCGAUGAUCAAACAUCAACGGAGUGCUGAUGAGGUGGUGAUGCGCCCAUGUAUCUAGGUCUCACGAGGGGCCGCAAAGCAGGUUUUGGAGGUUGGAAAAGGUGUCGCUGGAGUGCCGUCUUCAGCAACGACCUGGCUUUUUUUGUGAACGGUUGUUUUGCAACUACGCCGUCUAUGUGAAAGCUGCCCAGUCGCUUCUUAUAUCUUUCAAGAUCCAACACUUCUGCUUGCAGCAGUCGGAGAAGGUUUCGGUGUAGUCCCGUCUCCAACGGUGGCUCGGCUUUUUUCUUUGCAAACACUUGUUUCGAAGUUGUGCUGUCGAUGUGAAAGAUCGCUGCCCAGUUGUAUAUUCCAACAUUUCUCAAGUACCUGACACUUUGCCUGUGUCACUAUAGAAGGUUUUGUGAGAGUGCCGUCUUCAGCAGCGGCUCGGCAUUUUUUGCUAACGUUGUGCUUGUGGUUGGAGCUGGUUUCGGGGGCGUGCUGCCUUCAGGAUUGACUUGGCAUUUUUGUGAGCGUGUUUUAAAACUGUCUACGUGAAAGAUCGCUGUUCAGUUGCUUUGCUUCCGACAUUUUUCAAGCAUCUGACACUUGCACUCGCCUGCGAUUUUCUGACGUCUUUGAGAUCUGGCAACCAAAGGAAUUUUGGGUCUCAGCAAACGACGGUACAUGGGGACCUGGGGGCAAAGGCACUGGGGACCUGGGAAGUGAAUGUGCUCAGAACCAAGAAGUUCCGGAAAUCGAAACAGUGCUGUGACCUGAGGAAAACAAAGACAAUUAGGGACCGGGAAGCGGAGGUACUUUAGGACCUAGGACGAUACUUGGGACUUGGGAAAUGGAGGUAAUCGGGACUUUACCGGGGAACUAGGAAGUAAAGAUAGUUCGAACCUGGAAAGCAUAUCAACCAUCCUGUUGCAAUUCUUCUAAGCUGAUUUCAAUAAGCUGAUGAGCAGUGAAAGUGUGGGCCGAUGCUGACACUGUCGCCACCGCGAUCAGAUCGGGAAGGCCGACCACAGGCUUGAGGCCUGGCAUAUUCCUCCUUGCCUCGUCUUCCAUAUCGCUGAAAUUCUUAUCGACCUAUCCUGCUCCUUGCUAUGUGAUUGACACUGCCGCUCUUGGCAGCAGAAAGGAGACACGUCAACCAACUGCAGCACACAAAUUGCCUGCUCCUUCCCUCCUUGUGACACACGGCUGAGUUCUAGACAAUCUGGAAGAAGUCUGAAGAAGCAGAAAUGUGGUGUGGAUGGAGGUUUAGGGGUGUGUACUGCUGAUUGAGAGCGUUACCAAUAUUCUGUGCACAUCUGGCGUAUGAUCCACGUAUCCCUUGAUUGAACGGGCAGGAAUCGAUUCCUCUAACAAAAAUUGUCCGGCUGUUGAAUGUGCUGACGGGUCUCGAAAGAACAGCCUUGCGAAGUGCCGACAGGAGUAAGUGUAUAUUUCUUAUCUGAAGUGAAGGGUAUGGGUGACGGGGGAGAUGAAUUCGCCUGCAGAGGAGGGAAUGUGGACAUGGGAGACAUUAUGGGUGAGGGGGACGGGGGGUUGCAUGACGAAGAUGUCAGUGACGAGGAUAUUGAUAUCGAUGAGCUGGAAAGGAGGAUGUGGCGUGACCGGCUGAAGCUGCGACGGAUCAAAGAACUGCAAAAGGCAAAGGAAUUGAGCGACAAACCGCGGCAAAAGCAGUCGCAGGAGCAAGCGCGGCGGAAGAAGAUGUCGCGGGCGCAUGACGGGAUACUCAAGUACAUGCUGAAGAUGAUGGAAGUGUGCAAAGCUCAAGGGUUCGUAUACGGGAUCAUCCCGGAGAAGGGCAAGCCUGUGGGUGGAAGCUCAGAUAACCUGCGGGCGUGGUGGAAAGACAAAGUUCGCUUUGACCGCAACGGGCCACUAGCUGCAGCCAAAUAUGCCGCUGAGCAUUGCCUGAACAAAAGUGAGGGAGUCGAGUGCAUUGCCCCUACACCACGCACACUCCAAGAGCUUCAGGACACUACUCUGGGCUCCCUUCUGUCUGCUCUUAUGCAGCAUUGCGACCCCAAGCAGCGCCGUUUUCCCCUUGAGAAGGGCAUACCCCCUCCAUGGUGGCCUACAGGUAAUGAGGAAUGGUGGCCAUUGGUGGGUUUGCCUAAGGGCCAGGGAGCACCCCCUUACAAGAAGCCACAUGAUCUUAAGAAGGCAUGGAAAGUCGGCGUUCUCACCGCAGUAAUUAAGCACAUGUCGCCAGAUAUCUCAAAGAUACGGAAACUCGUGAGGCAGUCAAAAUGUCUACAAGAUAAGAUGACUGCAAGGGAGAGUGCCACAUGGCUUGCCAUCCUGAAUCAAGAGGAAGCUCUGGCUCGAGUAGCUCGAGGGGACGCUGAACAUGCUGCCCUUGGCCACAUGUCAUGUGCUGCUGGGGCUCUAUAUGAUGGUGCAGAAAUGAAGGUUGGCGCUCUCAUCUCCUUGGAUCCAAGCAGAUGCACAGAAUCUGCGGUUGCCCUACAACCGUCGAGCGACUACGACGUUGAGGUGGCAGAGCCAUUCGAUCAAGCAACUACGUCGAGUCAGACAUCUAUUGGGAAUGACGAGAGCAGUGAUUACGAAGUUCACGACUGUGACGUGUAUGGACCAGGGCGGGCAAUAGGAGCAGGCAAGGGUAGUGGACUCAUGACGAGGGUGAUCGAGUCACCGAGCAGUGCAAAAAGCCAGAGUACUGGGAGCCGAAGCUCUCCGGAUUCCCCCGAGGCUGGUGGUGCAGAGAAUAUCGUCAGGAUUGCUGAUGGCGAUGGCGUUCCGACUCCCGGGAAUGCGAAGAAACGGCGUGCAGACUCUGUUCCCGAGCACCGGAUCUUCAUGUGUCCUUACGAGAACUGCCCACGGCACGAAUGGAGAAAUGCUUUUGCAGCUCGUGAGUUACGCAACCUGCACCAGGAGAACUGUCCUUACAGGCCUGGUGGGCCGCUGUCUGCUUCGCCAAGCAAUUUACCUGCAUCGCUCACCCCAUCCCAACUUCCCAGGGUCAGGCCUUCUGCUGUCGCCCCAGUCAUUCACACUGUCCCUGCCAUGGGUGGAACAAGUUUCUCUCAAUCCAUGGAAGGGCCUGGGGACUCCCAUGUUCAAGGUCACCCUCAUCCCACUGCUGGAUUCAUUCAAGGAAACAUGCAAAUUGGACUCCAGAUUCCUGUCAUAGGCCACCCACUUGGUAUGCAAGCUUGCAAUCCGAAUUCGCCUCAUGAUCAUGUGAUGGGACAGGUGAGCGGCGGGAACCGCCUGGAAGGAGGGCCAGGCCAUCUGCAUGACUUGUUCGCUGGCUUGUAUAGAGAAGGCCUCGCACAAGGCAGCCCUGGUGUUCCGCCGAACGUAGCAGCUCCCAUGCAUGGAGGUGCUAGCAGGGCAGCAGGGUCCCAGUCAGAGAUGGAGCCCGGGAUGGGGAGCAUGAAUACAUCGCCAGGUCAUGUACAUGUUCAUGACGAUGGUUCCCAGCACCAGACACACGAUGAUGAUACCAUGGCCGCAAGGAGAAUGGCAGUCGAUGGAACAGCAGCCUCAGAGGGUGGGGAGGAUGCACCCAGAUCGUACACGCAAGGUUUCAUACCGGUGACUGAUGGAGCCACACCCGUUGUCAAUCAUAUUCAGUGCGAUUCGCUUGUGCCAAGACCCGGCAGGAACACAAUGAUGAUGAUGAAUGGAAACAAUCAUCCCAAUGGAAUGAACGGUAUGCACGGAAAGCAUGCAGGCAUGGUUAUGGGAUACGAGCAUGGGCAGCGUGGUAGAAUUCCGGCGGAGUUUGCGAAUGCGCCCUCCGGGAGUGGACAUGGUGGACACGGUCCUCCGCACCGUGGGGGUCAUGGGGGCCACAUUCCGCAUGGCCCCCAUGGUGGACAUGCCUUUCAGCUGAGUAUCAGACACGGCGAGAGUCCCUCCCUUACCCUAGGACCGCCCCCUGGGGACCCAUUUGAGGACCUUAUCUGGUAUUUUGGGGCAUGAGAGACUGCCUCCAUUGCGCGCUACUCUCCAAGGACCUUCAUCUGUGGGACCAUGUCAGGACAUUCUUGUUCCUUUCGGACACGAGAGAAUGCAGUGAAUAGAUAGACAGACAGAUCUUCUCCGCAAGUGUCCAGAAGCUCAGCGCUGCCGGCAAAUCAGGAUGGAAUGCAGGCCAGCGGCAUGUGGAAGGCCCCUCGAGGGUGAUGACAAUCUCGAUGCUGCAUCCCUGUUUCCUUUUGACAAAACAAAGCUAGCAAGUGACUGGCAAAGCACGUAAAGAGUGAAAUAGAGCGUGCGAAGAAGCAAGCGGCAUUAGAUCAGCUCAAUCGUUCAAUUUGGACUCCAUGAUCAUAACAAUCAUGACGGUAUGGUGAAUAGAUGGCAAUGCCCUUGGUCCUAGCCAACCAUUAGGUGGUGGAGGCUGGGGGGAGCAAGUGGCACAUCCAUUUCAGGGGUUGGCAAAUAAAAAACAAGCAUCAACAAUGGCCUUGCCGGGGAGGGGAAGACAUGGUGUCCAACCCUGGACAAAGGACAGAUCAGGAGGAUGCUGAGAUUGACCAUGUGUGUGCUCACCCUUGUUAUCGGGAUUUCGGAAGGAUGAGCAGCGACGAUUGAGCAGAAUACGAGCAGAAAAACACGUCUCGGAAAGGUAUUGCAGAAGCAGAAUGAAAAGUCGACAGGUCUUAUGGCAAUUCUGCAGUAUAGGCUUGUAAGGCAAGCUUAGCUGGAGGGGGAAGCCUAGACAAAUCUCCUGGAGGGGAGAGUGCGCGAGGGGAAAACGGGCGUCAAAGGAUAUGAGAUGUGGGCGGGGAAACGCAUGUUGCUGGACACCGUUGUAAGUGGGGAUACCCGAAAAGGCAGGAUCGUUCAGAAUAGGAAAAUGAUGUUGGAAAGUUGCUAUCAAGUUAGGACGUUGCACUGUGGCAGGGAGGAGCUCUGCAAGCAUCCUGUGCUGCUGGACGCCAUUGAAGUGGGGAUUUUCGAAAAGACAGGAUCAUUCGGAGUGGGAAAAUGAAGUCGGCAAAUGGAUACGAACUGAGGAGGUUGGAUUGUGGGAGGAGCUCUGGAAGCAUCCUGUGCGAGGACUACCUGAGAGCAUACUACGAUGUCGGCAAGUGGAUAGCAAACGAGGAGGUUGGACUGUGUGGGCCAGCUCUGCAAGCAUCCUGUGCGAGAAGUAUUUGAGGCCAUACCCACAGUGGGACUUUUUAGACCGAUCGCUGGCCAGAUUGUGGUCAGGUGCGUCAAGGUCAGGCUGUUAUCGCUGUCAGAUACAUUCAGGAAAGUUCUGGUGUGAAAACACCCUGAGAAGAGAACCGGAAGCAAUGGGAAGAAGACUGCAAGGGGCGUGCGACUGGCAGCCAUUGAAGUGAG